AUGAUGGAGGUGCAGCAGUAUAGCCUCGUUCCUCAGGCCCUCAUCGCACUCCUCAACGCCGUUGCCUCCGACGUCGGAGCCGGCUCACCCGCCCCCACCUGCUCGUCGCCCGUGUUACUCUCUCCGCCCGGGUCGUUCGAGUUCGACGCACUCAACUACCAGGACUCGCCCAUCUUUCUUGCGCCCCACCAGGCCACCGACCACCUUUUGCCGUUGUUCGGCGCCGCCGAGCCCGACGCAGCGCUCGACACAGACCUGCGCCGAAGCAGCGACCCAGGCAUGCAGGAGCUGGCCAGGCUCGCGGCCGGCCUGCGGCGGGACUCGGUGGCCGAGCUCCUCUCGUGCUCGGCGCCGGUCGUGAUUCGCCGCUCCUCCAUGCCCACGAGCUCGGCCGACGUCGAAGCCCACGUCGCCUCCUCCUCCACCACCUCGGCCAAGGCGCCGGCGAAGGUGAAGGGCAGCGGCGUCUUCCAGAGGCGGAAGAGCAAAGAGAAGGACAAGGCCUCGACGAUGCCCGAGAAGACGAAGAAGGUGAAGAAGGAGAAGAACAAGAAGUUGGUGGUGGUGCCGGAAAUAACGAUAGAGCGGACGGCACCGGUGGUGGUGACGGUGCUGACGUCAUCGUCCCAGCCGGCCUCGGCCUCGCCCAGAGAGCGCCGGGGCUCCAUGAUUGCCCCAUCACCACCGGCCGCCACGAUGAUGAAGAAGAUGAAGAAGAUGACGAUGGACGCGGCCGACGGUGCGGUGGUCGAGCCGACGCGGCACAAGCGGAGCCGGUCGUUGUCUGCGAUCCCCGAAGUGGCCGAGGAAAUGCAGCGCCGGUCGUCGAGCCGGGAACUCGAGGCCGUGGCGGAGGUGUCAACUACUACUACGACGACGACGCAGCCGCCGCUGCUGUUGGUGGGCGAGGUGGUGCUGCUGCCGGUGGGGGACGGCAUGCCCGAGCGACAGCGGAGGCGGCACCUGGUCAUCAACGAGAUCGUGACCACCGAGAGGGACUACGUGCGCGACCUGCAAGUGCUCCUCUCCGUUUUCAUGAUGCCGUUGCAGAGCAAGGGGAUCGUGACGGCGGAGGAGGGCCGACGGCUGUUCUCCAACGUGAAGACGCUGAUGGCCAUCAACCAGGCGCUCCUGGCCGACCUCGAAGCGCGCGUCGGGGCCUCGCAGGGCAACAACAUCGGCGAAUGCUUCCUCCUCUUCGGGGACUACUUGAGAAUGUAUGCGAUCUACUGCGCCAACCAGAAGACGGCCUACAAGACGCUGGCGCGGUGCACCAAGACCAAUGCCAGCUUCCGCGAGGCGCUGCAGCAGGCGCACGACAACGAGCAGACCAGGCUGCUCAAUCUCGACAGCUACCUGAUCAAGCCCAUGCAGCGACUAUGCAAGUACCCGCUUCUGCUCCGGGAGCUGAUCAGCCUCACGGACGCGGAGCACCGGGACUUCGAGAGGCUGACGCGCGCGCUGGACAAGAUCCACGAGGUGGUGGUGAGCGUGAACAACAGUCAGAAGCUGGAGGAGGAGAUGGACGCCAUGGCCAACGUCAUCGAGCGGCUCCAGGGCACCGAGCGGUUCGACGUGCCGCUGGUGGUGCCUGGCCGCAAGUACUUCCAAGAGGGCAUUCUCCAGAAGAUGGCCCAGGACACGAAGUGCUUGUCGGCCCUGCACUACUUCCUCUUCUCCGAUCUCCUCGUCCUCACCACGGCGCCCGCGAGUUCGAAAGCGGCCUCGGCCAGGAGGAAGAGUGGCUCCACCAAGAAGGUGGAGGUGCAGGCGAUGCUGUCGCUCCUCGAUGCCCAGGUGGACCUGAACGAGCCGACCAGCGCGGAGGACUGUGACGCCAAGGCCGCGUCGCCCACGGUGGAGAUCACGAGCGGCGGCGACGAGUACGUCGUGCCCUUUGUCUCGGCCGACCACAGGUCGCACUGGGUCCUCGCCUACCGGACCGCCCUCGACUCCGCAGCUUCCCUCGCCGACUGCUGA